GGGUACAAUACCAAUGUUAUAUACCCAAUCAUGAAAGUGGUUUUAUUUAUAUUAUUUGUUUGUGCAUUAUAUUCAUCCGUCUAUUCGUGGACAGCAGUUAUUGAACACAAAAAAGGACAAUCAGAUCAUGGUGGACAUUGUUAUACUGAUUCUCCCGUAUUUAAAAUUGGCUCGCUACAAAAAUAUGAAAAAAAGAGAAUAGAAAGUUCAUGCCUGAUUGCAGAAUGUUUAGAGAAUAAAGAUAUAAGUUUAUGGGGAUGUGCCAAGCAUGCCGUUGAACCUCCUUGUUACGUUGUGCCAGGAAAUUUGUUAAAACCAUAUCCAAGGUGCUGUCCGAAAAUUAAAUGUCCAGAGAAUAUGAAAGAAGAAGAAAAUCGAUUAAAUUUAUUAUAAUCACUGUUAUCACAAUACCAAACUAAAGAAACAUUUUUCUUUGGA